AUACCAUCUCCUCAACGUAGUCAGCCCCAUAUCCAUCCACACACAACCAAGGCACCACCAAUGCUUCUACCCAUGGCUUUUUUCCCUCCAUCCUCUCUCCCUAUCAUCUCCUCCCUCUUCUUCGCAGUUCAAAAAGCACUACCUUCUUCAAAUUAAUUAUUCAUCCAUAAAGAACAUCUAUAACAAUGCAACAACCUUCAAUGAGCUCUGCUCCUCUCCAUUCUCCAAUCCAGCUCGUUCCCUCCACUAAGCCCUUCGAGCUUCCAAUCCACUCCACCAAAUCCUUCCACCACCACCACCCUCCCGUCCGAGCCCAACCCACCUCCAACCAGGUCUCUUCCCCCAUACUCCCCCUCGCUCCCGGUGACGGCACCCCAACUUCAUCCCACGACAUCCACCUCCUCUUUCUCCUCCGCCAGCGGAAGACGGAGGAGGCGUAUCAGGCCUACACCCGGUGCCCUCACCUCCCCAGCUCCACCUGUCUCAGCCGCCUCCUCGCCCAGCUCUCUUACCAGAAUACUCCGGCUGCUUUCGCCCGCGCCCAGGUCCUCGUCCGCCGCCUCCGCGACGAGCGCCAGCUCCACCGCCUCGACGCCAACUCCCUCGGCCUCCUCGCCGUCGCCGCCGCCCGCUCCAGCGCCACCCUCUAUGCUGUCUCCGUUAUCCGCACCAUGCUCCGCUCCGGCUAUCUCCCCCACGUCAAGGCCUGGAGCGCCGUCGUCAGCCGUCUCGCCGCCGCCCCCGACGACGGUCCCGCCGAGGCCCUCCGCCUCUUCGACGCCGUUAUCCGCCGCGUCCGUCGCAUCCCCGGCGAUGCCGCGGCCGACGCCCGACCCGACACCGCCGCCUUCAAUGCAGCCCUAAACGCUGCCGCCAACCUGGGGGACGUCCGGAGGUUCGCCCAGCUGUUCGACGAAAUGCCCGCGUUCGGCGCCAAGCCCGACGUCCUGACAUACAACGUUCUCAUCAAGAUGCUCGCCAGAGCCGAGCGAAAAGACCUGCUGGCAUUCGCUUUGGAGCGCAUGAUCCGAAGAGAACUGGUCCCUUGCAUCACCACCUUACAUUCCCUCGUCGCAGCCUAUGUGGGCUUUGGCGAUCUACAGACUGGUGAGAGGUUGGUGCAGGCAAUGCGGGAAGGCCGGCGGGACCUUUGCUCGAUACUCAGGGAAUCGAAUGAUGAAGAACCAACUGAUAGAAGCGACGAGGAAGCUCAUACUCUUCUUGAAAAGCUCGUUACCGUGAAUGCAAAUUCUGGUGAUGCCAAUGACGAUGAUGAUCCCCCGCCAUUGCUUCCCAAGACGUACACACCCGACUCCAGGAUCUACACUACAUUGAUGAAAGGGUACAUGAAAGAAGGCCGCAUCGACGAUGUUGUCCGCAUGGUCCAGGCAAUGCGGCAGGAGGCAGACCCUUCGAGCCACCCGGACCAUGUCACAUACACCACUGUUAUCUCUGCGCUUGUUAAGGCGGGCGCAAUGGACCGGGCACGCAGUGUGCUCCCUGAGAUGGCCCGUGCCAGGGUGCCUGCCAACCGUGUUACCUACAAUGUUCUCCUCAAGGGCUACUGCCAGCAGCUCCAGCUGGACAAGGCGAAGGAGCUUGCACGAGAGAUGUCUGGGAAGGCAGGCAUCGAGCCUAAUGUUGUCUCUUACAACAUCCUCAUUGAUGGGUGCAUACUGGUGGAUGACAGUGCUGGUGCCCUGGCCUACUUCAAUGAGAUGA